AUUGGGGCACUGUGAUUACUGAACUUUGAUAUACAGUUGUCUCCUAUUUUAAGAAUGGUGAAUUCUGAGAAAGAAGCAGCUGGUGUGUUGAGCCACUUCUGAGGACUGAAAAUGCCAGCAGUUGAAAGUGAGGCAAAGGCAAGAACCAAAGUCCGAUUUGAAGAAAUCUUCAGACGCCAUGCUGGUCUAGCAGACACAAAGAAAUCAAAGAAAAAGAAGUUUCAAGAGAGUAUUGUGCUUGACACCUUUAGAAGUAAUAUUGAUCUAGCUAAGGAAAGCGUGAAUGAUGAAGCAAUUAUAAACAACACAUACAAUCCUGAAGAAGAGAGUCCCCGAUUUACAAAAAAUAAGCUGAGAGAGAAAGUCUCAAUUGCAGAGAAAAUAAACAAUGAUAUUGUUAGUGGAGAGGAGAACAAGCAACCAAAGUCUAACAAGAAGAAAAAGAAAUCACCAUUGCAAGAACAGUUUAAUGAGGAGGAAAAUUUAUAUGAAGCUAAAUUGGAGAGUUUUGAGAAAAAGAUCAAUGAUCUUCCAAAGAAGAAAACAAAAAGUAGAUCACAAACAGAUGUAUCUCAUCAAGAAGGUGAUAGAAAGAUUAAAAAUUCCUUGUCUGAAGCGAGAAAUAUAACUGAAUUAGAAGAGGAAGAAGAGCUAAUUCGAGCCUAUCAGCUGCAUGUGGCUGAGGAUGAGGCAAAAGCAAUUAAAAAGAAAAUAAGAAUGAAACUUAAAGAACAGAUGUCCGAAUUCACCUCCACUGUUCAAAGCUAUGAAGUGGUAUUGAACAAUGAAGUGGGCAAAAAGAAGAAAAAGAAGAAAGAAAUAGCAGUUUUAAGUGAAGCUGAAACAAGUGCAAUGUCCCUUUCUGAGCUACAACAUCCUCCAGCAGAAGAUGGCAAUGCAAAUCAGUCCUUGGAAAGACUAUUUACAUCAGAAGGACAGAAUCUGGAGGAAAGCAUGGAAAACCAGAAACCUAAAGCAAAGAAGUUUAAAAAAAAAAACAGAAAAGAAGAAAACACAGAACUUGCUGCAGAAAAAGGUGAAGCCAUGAAGAAUUCAGAAAUUUCAAUUCAGUCUAAAUUUUCUUUUGAUGAUGAUCUUGUGUUGGGAGUUUAUAUCCAUCGAUGUGAUCGACUUAAAAGUGAUCUCCUGGUGUCUCAUCCCAUGGUUAAAAUCCAUGUUGUUGAUCAGAGAAGUGGCUUAUAUGUCAAGAAGGAUCAUAGCAAGAGGAAAGAUUCAUCUUAUUCUGAACAAGAACAAAUAGAGCACGUUCUUCCGAUUUUGACACAACCAUAUGACUUCAGACAGUCUAAAUCAACGGUUCCAGAGUGGGAGGAGCAAGUAGUAUUUAAUGAGUGUUUUAGUUAUUUUAUUCAACAAACUGAAGAAAGCCCUCGGGUAAUCCUGUUUUUUGAGAUCCUUGAUUUUCUAAGGAUGGAUGAAGUGAGAGCCAGCUCUGAUACACAAAUUCAGGAAUGUGGUUUCCGAAAAAUUUGUUGGGCAUUUCUAAAGCUUGUAGGUGCAAAUGGAGUUCUAAACAUUGAUGGAAAAGUCCGUCUGCAAUUAUAUUACCCACCUCCAAGGACCAAGGCACAUUCGAAUGCUGUUGAGGUUUAUGACUGGUGGGCAAAAUGUCCUAGAAAUCGUUAUCCAUCAACUUUAUAUGUGACCGUAAGAGGCAUAAAACUGCCAGAUCAUGUUGCUCCUUCUUUCCGCUCUAUGAUAGCUGUUCAGCAGGAACAAAGUAGUGCAACUCUGUGUGAGCCCCAGGGAGAGGGAUCUAAAAAAUCAUGUGAACCUUUUCCUCAGGAGAAGGAGCCGUUUAAAUGGACAAGAUUGCCUGGACAGGCUUGCCGCAUACCGAACAAGCAUCUGUUUUCACUGCGAGGUGGAGAUGCAGGCUGUUUCUGUAUUCGUUUCUCUCAUGAUGGGAAAACACUGGCAGCAGCAUGUGCAGGAAGGAAUGGCUAUCCCAUUGUUUUGUACGAAAUUCCUUCUGGACAGUUCCUGAGAGAAUUUUAUGGUCAUCUUAACAUAGUGUAUGAUCUUUGUUGGUCAAAAGACAAUCAGUACCUUCUUACAGCAUCCUCUGAUGGCACUGUCAGAAUGUGGAAGAUAGAAACGCAGGCGGCAUCUGCAGUGAGAGUUUUCCCUCAUCCUUCAUUUGUUUACACUGCAAAGUACCACCCAAUUGCUGACUCGUUGGUUGUGACAGGAUGUUACGACUCAGUGAUUAGAAUCUGGAAUGCAAAUGUGAAAGAAAUUCAUGGGCAACUGCUACAGGAGCUUGAUGGUCACAAAAGUUUCAUCAACACACUUUGUUUUGAUUCAGAAGGGCUCCACAUGUUCUCAGGAGAUAGUUCAGGACUGAUAAUAGUUUGGGAUACAUCUGUCAAAGGAAGUUCCCACCACCUGUUUAAACACUGGAGGAUUAAUAAGGAAAUAAAAGAAAAUGAUAUUAAAGGAACACCAAUAAAUCAUUUGGAGGUGCAUCCAAAUGGAAGACGUUUAUUAAUCCAUGCCAGAGACAGUACCCUGAGAAUCAUGGAUCUCAGAAUCUUAGCUACAAAGAAAUACAUAGGUGCCACAAAUUAUAGAGAAAAGAUUCACAGCACCAUAACACCAUGUGGUACGUUCCUGUUUUCUGGAAGUGAAGAUGGAAAGGCUUAUGUUUGGAAUCCAGAAACAGGAGACCAGGUGGCCAUAUAUUCUGAACUCUCCUACACAUCUCCACUUCGUGAUGUUGCCUUUCAUCCACAUGAACACAUGGUGUCAUUUUGUGCCUUUGGUCAAAACCAGCCAAUACUUGUAUACAUUUAUGAUUAUAAAGUUGCACAACAGGAAGCUGAACUCGUAAGAGAUCUCACUUCAUCACUUACCACAGCUGCACCAAGAGGGCCACAGUUCUUCAGCAGUUUUUCUGAAAUUCCUGUACAAAGAAAUUCAGUGAUGUCUCCAGCAGAUCAGUUUGCCAGUGUUGCAAAAACAUCAAUGAGAAUGCAGAAGGUCAAACAAAAACUUGAUUCUGUUACAGAGAGCUCAAAUCUCUUGCUUCCUGCACCAUCAUCGCUGUCACCACACUCCAAGCUAAGACUGCCAGGCACUCUCAGCACUCCACUGAAUCCUCUGUAUUCUUUUACUACUAAAAGUGGGUGUUUCAGCCCAGUAGGAAAUCCUCUUAGCCGAACACUAUUGGGUAGACUACAGACGAAUGAUGACUGCCUGACUGCACUGGGGGUGAGAGGAGGAAGCGGUUGUCCACUCAGGCAAGAGACAGUAGUGGCUCUUUAUGACUACACAGCGCAUCGAUCAGAUGAGCUAACCAUCCAUCGCAGUGACAUUAUCCAAGUGUUAUACAAAGAUAAUGAUAACUGGUGGUUUGGCAGCCUAGCAAAUGGACAGCAAGGCUAUUUUCCAGCUAAUUAUGUGGCUGGUGAAAAAGAAUAUGAAGAACAACCUUCAGGAUUAGUACCGGAUUUUGCUCCUCUCCUACCUGAAGGACCAAGAGAAGCAGAGGAAGAUUCUCCAACACUACAUAAGAUGUCACCAGUCAUCAGUAAGUCAAGGGACCUAAAAUUUAGCUCAGAGCGUGACACAGAUAGAGGCUCACCUGCAACACAGUAUCUGUCAUCUAAGCAAAGUUAUUUCACUGAUCGUUUUCCAGACUGGUCCCUUCCCCAUAUAAAUAAUCUGUGCAUAUGCAGUGUAGAUGCGGAUACAUACCUAAUUUUAACUUAUCUUUAAGUCUUAAUUUUCUGUCUCCAGCUGUAUCUAGAUUUGAAAAUAAAUUGUGAAUGAAAAGUUUAACCCUCAGAUAUAAUGAAGAGUGGACUGUAUAACUACACGUGACAGAAUUCAACAUUGAAUUUGGGGCAUAAUUAUUUUGAUAGGAUGUACAUUAAGGAAGGAAAUGCCUUAAAAGCACAGUUACUGUAAUGGUUGAUGCAGUCUGUUAGAAGCCAGUAUCAAAAAUUCGGUAUAACUCAAUUCCAUUAGUAGAACUCAGGGCAUCCACUGAAGAAUGUGGGACCAGAGAUUUAAAAUGUGAAAUCACAAAUUAUUUAAUCAAAUUGAAGAGUUUGAAACAUUUUAAUGAAAACUAAGGCUGUCCUGAGAAGAGGUCACAUUGAAGUGUCAUGCUGAAGAAGCAGAGCCUCAAACCUGCUUCAGUUACUUUUGAGAACGGUGGGAGAAGACACCUACACGCCUGUGUCACUGGAGUGUGCUCCUUCCACCUGAACUACAGGGAGCAGGAGCAUCAUGGAGAUACCUCUGAAGUCUGAAGUCAUGCCUCAUGUCGUUGCUGUCCCAUCUGGGCAAAGAGCAGUGUUACAGAGCCUCACUCACAAGCUUUCAGGGUACUGAGCUGUUUAUACCUGAUGAUUAGUGAGGGAGAGUGAAAGAUGCCAUGAGGUAGCAUCCGAUGCUGUACCUUGUCAGAGAGAACUAAUUUGAAAGGGAGCAAGGUAGACAUGUCAGUUCUACACAGUGCUCUAUUUUCCUUCCAUGUACAGGACAUUCUAGGCUUUAUUAUGUUUUUGAUGCAUUUUUCCCCAGUGCUUGUGUUUUGUCUGAUGUGGAUGUGUCACUGCAUGUUUUAAGAUCAGAAUACAAAUCUGAGUAAUGGCUCUUCCUGAUCUAAAACUUGAAUCUGAAAGUAUGUACUUUGCAAGCUUUUCCAUGAACUAGAACAUAAUGAAAUGCGAUGCACUUGUUUUUGUAAUUACAGCAAUGACUGCACAUACCAAGGUUUUUUUGGAAGAGACUACAAGUUUUUGCCUUAUUUUGAGAGCCAGAAGAGAGAAGGAUCUUCUGGCAUUUCUGUUGAUACUAGUUUGAAAGACUGUUCUAUAUUUCUGUUCAUAGGCUAUCUUUAUAGUACAGAUUAGAUAAAUAAAUAAAACAUCUCAGAAACAUGGCUGCAUCUUUCUCAUGAAAACUGACUUCUUUGUACCUAAAACCAUGAUCUGCAGGGACUGUGACACAACUCUAGUUUUCUUGUUCACUGCAGUUGAUGUAUCCUGAAAUAUCCUUAAAAACUGACAUGCACGCAAGUGUUGUGAUCUUAACUGGAAACGUUUCCUAUUUUAGCACCUAAAAGCAGUAUCAACAGGACUUGAGAUCCAGUCCAAUCUAUAUUUAAAUAGUUGCUCCACCUAAAAAAUUGUUAUCUUCCUGUUUUCUGUGAAAAUACACUUAAUAUCUGUGCCACAUGGUAGUAUAUGGUAGGAAUUACACAGUAAAUAAACUCUGUAAGAAUCAAGUGAGAUGUGAUUACCAAGUAGGCACUUUCACUAUGGAGAAAUGAAACUGUUAGCACCUGCACAACUCACUGUACCUUUCUUUGAGCCUCCAGAUGAAUGGUUGCUGUUUUGCCUGCUAGAACAAUAUUCAUUAUGGCCACAAUACCAGCUGUAAAAGAAAGUGAAUGGCAAACCCUUGUGACAUGUCUUUCAGAAUUUCUAGAUGGAAAAUAUGCUUUUGCAAUAUGAAAACAAAUUUUAUCCAAGAUGUUAGUAGAUUUUUAUCUUAGCCAAGCAGUUAACCUAUCUUCUGCAGACUCUAGAAGAAACAGAGAAAUGUUCACAUAACAGAUGCUAAGUGAACUAAGGUUUUUAUCUAGGUACCUCAAACAUUUGAGACAGCAUCACAUCUGAUGCUCAAAUAAAAAAAAGAUGAAAACUACUAAUCAGAAUGUGAGUAGCUUUAUACUGAAAAUCUGCAUACCAUCCUCACCCUUCGAAUAUUAAUGAUUAGAUACUAUUUGUCAGUACAGACAUCUCCUCAGAUAUAUUCCCAUUGUACAGUUUUGUUGAGCUACACUAGGUAGUGCUCUCUACAUAAAUUUAAGUGAUUACACGUGAGACCCAGCUGAGCACUCAGUUUGGUAGAUUGGUACUUAUAUUACUGAUGAAAUAUGAUUUAGUAGCCUGGUUUCCCCGUGCAGCAGUACUUCUCAAAUUGUUCCAGGAAUUCUAAUGCAGAGGGUCUUAAACUCCAGAACUUUUUCUUGGGAUGUUCAAGUAUUAGAGGUGCAGCAGUUCAUGUAUUCAACUAAGCUUAAAAAAAUUGAAAACCAUAUAGUUAUCAGUCCAUUAGCAAGGCUGAUGUGUAAACUUUUUCAUCUAUAAAAUAUGAUUACAUUAGGACAGUAUCACCAACAGUAAUGCUCUUGCCAGGACCCUUUUUGGGGAAACUGCACACAUCUCAUUACAUUCUCUAGUCUUGAAUCAUCAACUUGCUUAUGUCUUUCAGCAGUGCUCAGGAUCACAAACCAAGACUUCUUUGUGCUAGUCACAAUACAUAUUUUGAACAUAUUUAUAGUUACAUAAAGUUUUACAUAUUUAUAGUUAAAGAAAGUUGCUUCUGCCUGGAGUGGGAAUUUGUGGUGGAAGUGGUGUAACAUCUGCAUAAUCCCUGGCAUCAUCUGCAAGACCACUCUUGUUAAAAGCACUGACUGGGAAAGAUUCAGGAGCUUGAAUGAUGCUUUUGGCAUUGUAUUAACUCUGAUAAGCAUAAAUGGACGUUAAAGUGAUUUCUGAUUCUGUAAAUCUGUCGUAGCUCAGAUAAAUUAAAAUGGAAACUUUGCCUGCAUGUCUUAUUCUUGUUGAAUAAAUAACCCAGGAAUCUCUCUUAAAUUGCAAGUAUUUUGGUGUUUGAGCUUAGGAAAGAAAAAGAGUGAAAUAGCUUUUAUGAGAGCAGGAGACUGGUAACUUGUAUUUUUUUAAUUGCAUCUGUUGACUAUUGAUCAGGACUGCUGAUUUUUAAGAUCACAAGCAGUGCUAUGAUAUGUUAAAAAGCAGACUAGUGGAGUGGUCUCCUCUUUUGUCUUCAUAGUUUUUCUGUCUUUGUUCUGCUGUGGAAUGGUAGUUUCUGUAGCUGUUUCAGUAUUGUAUUCAAGGGGGACAGGCAGACAAUUGCUCUAACACAUCAGCUGUGCGUGGAAAAAGCUCUAAAUUUGGACUAACUUUGUGUUUCUUU